AUGGAAAGCUUAAUAUCUAUAAUAGGCUUAUUUUUAGCCUGUGGACUUCUUGGUGGACUUGGCACGCUUAUUUAUGGUUUAAUAGAAGGUAAUUCAACUGGAACGCUUGGUGGUGGUGUUGUCCUUGGAGUGUCGGCAGCUUUUAGUAUGCUUUUGGUUUUGUUUAUUAUAUUGUGUUUCAAAAACAACGAUGUUGAUUCAAACACAAACGAACGACAAUCUUCUACAAAUGUACAUCAACACAAACGAAAGCCUCAUGUAAAACAUAGAGAUACUUCUGUACAUGAAAUAGAAGCUGUUCCUGAAAUCCACAUAUAUGAACAACAAGAACAAAAAUGUCGACUUGAAAAAAACGUUCUCUCUUCACCUGCUCUGACCGAUACAUUAGUUGACUGCACAAAUACGGCUUACAGUAAACAAAUAUCGCCGCCAUCGUCGUCAUCGAAAAGCGUUUUUUCUAUUGACUAUUUAAAUGAAAGCAAUCAUUCGAUUGACAAUCGUAAUCAUUAUUCAGUCACCAAAUCCGAUAGAAACUAA